UACACGAUUCCUGCAUAUUGACUCCGUCUCACUCAAACCAUCAAAGCGACUAAGGCGCUUUUCGUUCGCUCCGACCUAGACAUUGAUAACCAAAGCUACUGGGUACCAUUCUUCGUGUCAACCGCAUCUUCGACCUCCGAUCAUCGCGCGUGCAAUCUUACAAAGCAAAAGGAAGAUCAGACAUCAUGUUCUUCCUCAAGGAAGAAGUCAAGGUUAUUACCUUGCACCCGUCCUUCUUCGGACCCAAUAUGCGGGAAUAUCUCAUCACCCGGUUAAAUGAGGAGGAGGAAGGUCGGUGUACGGGCGAUCACUUUGUGAUCUGCGUCAUGGACAUGGUAGAUAUCGGCGAAGGACGUGUGCUGCCCGGCAGCGGACAAGCGGAGUACACGAUCAAAUACCGUGCGAUCAUCUGGAAACCGUUCCGAGGCGAGACUGUUGAUGCGAUUGUAACCUCUGUCAAACCUACUGGGAUCUUCACUCUGGCGGGGCCGUUGUCUGUGUUCAUUGCGCGAAAGAACAUUCCCUCUGACAUCAAAUGGGAACCCAACACGGUACCGCCCCAGUAUACGGAUCAUGCAGACCAGGUGAUCGAGAAGGGAACGAGCCUGCGGCUCAAGAUCCUGGGUGUGAAGCCGGACGUUGCGGCAAUUAAUGCCAUUGGUACAAUCAAAGAGGAUUUCUUGGGACCCUUGUAGUUUGCUUGGGAUGAGAAUCUCCUCUCCCUUUCUCUUCUAUCCGAGGAUAUUGACGCCGCUGCGAAGGAAGCCUGAACUCUUUAGCCUCUUGUACCACCACUUGCAUCGCUAUAUAGAG